AAAUCCCCAGCACCCACCCCCAACAAUUUGUCAUAAUGAAAGCCAAUAAUGAUGGCACCUAUCAAGAUCCACAGUGGAAGUCAUCAAAAUUAACUACCAUCUAACAACAGUGCUUGGCGCACAAAAUUUUUUCCAUUCCAAGUUUGAGACUUGAUACAGAAAAAAUGAAAAGUGGAUUCUCCUAUAGCGAUGAUGAUCAAAGCGAGUUGGGUAAAUCAGUGAGUUGCUGGUGGAGAACAGCAGAAGAGUUCGACGAACAUGGGCAUUUCAGAGUUGAAAUUUGCGACCUAUCAAAGCUCACACCAAGACUCAAACUCCUUAGGGAAAUGGAGAGGCUGGCUUUUGUUGCACCCGAGGGACUCGAUGAUCUUCGCCACAAGCUCAUCACUUACGGGUCCGGAGACUUUUGGUUGCCGGUGGGAGGAAUCAAGAAAGAAGAUUUGGAUAUCCCACCUGUCAUCACAAUUCUUCUAGCAGGCCUAACGAGUUCUGGCAAAAGCUCUCUUGUGAAUAUGAUGUACAGCGUUUUGGGUCGAUCUGGCCUCAUCCCUUUUGCUCAAACGUCAGGUGGGUCUUCUCAUCGCAGUAGAACAGUGUUUUUGGAAGAACAUAUCGUUGUGAGAUCGGCCCGAAGUGGAUUUUGUGUGUUUGAUACGAGAGGGUUAGAUUGCAAUCAGAUGAACGCGGGUUUAGAAGAUGUUUCAACGUGGAUGAGUCUCGGUGUUCGCCAAAAUCAACCUUGUUGCAGACCUGGAGAUGAAAUGCUUGGCACUGCCACCGCUGUACGCGGAUCAUCCUUCAACACCAGUUCGAGGUACAUGAACAGAAGAGUCAACUGUGCAAUGGUUGUUGCUAACUUAGCAGAGAUUCACAAGGCAUUCAGGUCUGGUGAUUUGAAGCCUGUGGAAGCCAUAAGGGCCCUCUUCCAAUAUCCCUGUAUUCAGAAAUGCAACGAAAGUCCAAUUUUGAUACUCACACAUGGUGACAUGCUCAGCACUGAGGACAGGAUCAACAGCAGGCUCAAAAUAUGCGAAUAUAUGGGUAUAUCUGAAACUAGUGGUGCAUACGACAUAGCCUGCCUCACAGAGCAGGGGAUUCUACCAGAUGAAGCUGACGCGGUCACCGCAUUCGCGUUAACUGAAGCAGUCUACAGGUCGCUGAUGGUCAGCGACCGGUGUCAUCUCCCCAAGAAGAGAUUCAAGGACUGGAUAUGGCUUCUGGUGUCAUGGAUUAUGGGUUGCAUUGCUUCUUUCUUUCGUUUUCUUGCAAAUAUUUUCUCCAAAUUCGAUCACAAAUACAAACCACCGAAACACCCUUGAAUUGCUAAGCACGCUAUUCAUUUCGAUUAGAGAGUCGAUAGAUACCCUUAAAAACUGAAACUAAGAUGAGCUAGUCUGCACGAGUACUUGUUGUCGGUGAUCGGAGUGAGUUCGCUACUGCGUCAAUUUAAACAGCGAAAACGUGAAAUCGGAGGCCGUCCACUUCCACUCUAAAUUGACUUGACUGGCGGUGAUCGAUCAUAACCCCGGGGUUGGAUUUACUUCUGGAAAGGCCGAGCCAAGUGUCGUUCUGUUUCUGUUUGGUUUUCUUCUGGAGGAUAAGAAGAUAAAUCAUUAAAUGUGGUAGGGACGCUUUGAGCGUCAUUCUGUUUCUCUCAAGUUGUUGCCAUUUGCCUGCUGUAUGGUUUCUGUGUGUGUGUGUGUGUGUGUGUUUUUUUUUUCCCCAGAAGAUCAUCAUAUGAUGGUUUCUUAUCUUUUACUACUACUUUUGUACGUUGCUCUUUCAUUUGAACGAGGUCGUGUUUGGUCCAAAACAAGGAGUUUAACCUCCAUACCAUAGAUCUUAUCUCUUCCUUAAAUAAAAUAAAAUUUGCUUUAAUCUC